AUGGGUCGUAUCAUUAGGGGUCAACGUAAGGGUCGUGGCUCUAUUUUCAAGUCCCAUGUUCAUUUGCGCAAGGGCCCUGCUAAGCUUCGCAGGUUCGAUUACGCUGAGAACCAUGGUUACAUCCGUGGUGUUGUGAAGGACAUUAUUCAUGACUCUGGUCGUGGUGCUCCUUUGGCUAAGAUCGACUUCCGUAAUGCUUACAAGUUUGGCACUGACCAUGAGCAGAUGGUUGCUGUUGAGGGUAUGUACACGGGUCAAUAUGUGUACUUUGGUCGUGAGGCUCGUUUAACCAUCGGAAACUGCAUGCCCGUCGGGAAGAUGCCCGAAGGUACCGUCAUUUCUAGUUUGGAAGAGAAGCGUGGUGACCGUGGUCGUCUUGCCAAGUCGUCGGGCACGUACGCGACUAUUAUCGGUCACUCCGAUGACGGCAAAACUACUAGGGUGCGUCUACCUUCCGGAGCUCGUAAGAGUGUGGAAUCUUCUUCUCGUGCAAUUAUCGGUCUUGUAGCUGGUGGUGGUCGUAUUGACAAACCGCUGCUUAAGGCAGGUACAGCUUAUUACAAGUACAAGGCUAAACGCAACUGCUGGCCACGCGUUCGUGGUGUUACUAUGAACCCUGUGGAUCACCCACAUGGUGGUGGUAACCAUCAGCACAUUGGUAAACCCAGCACUGUUUCUCGUGGAGCUCCUCCCGGUCAGAAGGUCGGUCUUAUCGCUGCGCGCAGGACAGGUCUGUUACGUGGUGGUAAGAAGAAAUUCAAGAACGAAUCUUGA